UUGACCGGUUACAUCAAGGCCCAAGAAUCUGGUCUCUACCAAUUCGCCAUUGACUACUCCGACGACGGCUCCAUGGUCUGGAUCGGCACCAACGACGCUUUCGCCUGCUGCCAACCAGACUCCAUUCCAUACGACUCUGCAGACGGCGCUUUGUUCUUCGCCAAGGACCAAGAGGCACGUAACGGCUACGUCCACUUGGACGCCGGCUCCUACUACCCAAUCAGAGUCGUCCUCGUCAACUGGUACGGUGACUCUGUCAUGCAAAUGUCCAUGAUCACCCCAAGCGGUGACUACAUCAAGGACGACUGGUCCGACUUUAUCGUUUCCUUCCCAGAA